AUGUACUUAGAGAACGUUUAUAAGAGAGACUGGGAAGAUAAUUCGUGGACAGGAGGAGGUGGUGCAAGAUGGGCAUUUUUUGCUGUGUUUAUUGUGCUCAUCCUUAUAGUGGUGUUGGGUACUAUUCGAGUGAAUAAAAAACGGUCCCAACAGGGAAUUCAGCCAAUAUAUGGGACUCGUUGGAUGACACCUCCGUCGUACGUGCAAUCUCAGACACAAUAUAACCAACCGAACACUAGGGACCCCGAUAUGCCUACAAAUUAUGUUCCAGCGUACUCGGCCGAAGCCACCGAAUACGAUAUGGGAUACUACGACAAUAGUGGCAAAUUCCAUGCUAAUCCAAAUGCUAAGUCACAGACACAGGCUGAGACGACAGACGUUACAUAUCCUGAAAGUGCACAUCAUCGGCUGACAAGUGGGGCUGCUGGGGCACCGGUGGGCCGGAUACCUACGCUCCACGAAGAGAGCGAUGAGAAUGAGGACGGGGACUUGUACAGACCGCCACCAGGGCCACCACCGUUUGCCGGUCGUUCGGAGACGACAGGAACAGUAGCAUCGGAUCCUCCUACAAUACCAGGGCAAUUUCCUACUAACGAGAGGGCCACAGGAAAUUAA